GAGGGGGCCCGCUGAUGUCCUCUCUCGUGCACUCAGCCAACCCCUGCUGCUGCUGUUGUAAGGUAAAGCUGGCGGUAUCCUAGUGUACCCUUGUUAAGGAUCCGCCGCCGAAAGAACCCGGUUUGCAGACAUCGGAUCUUCCAGAAAUAAUUAUUUUAUGCGUCGGGGAGAUUUCCUACCCAAAUUACGCAUGGAAUGGUUUUGGGGGGAUUGGAGUAGAAAUGCAGCGCCGCACUUCCAGCCCACAACAAGAACCAUGCCCAGCUUACACUGCAAGCAAAUUUAUGACAUCCUGUUUUAUCCUUUACGACUUUGAUAUGAGUGAAUUUUACUUGGAUAGUCACCAGGAGUGAAGAAAAAGAAACGCAUCGCACAGAGCUGAAGGACGCUGUAUUCGCCGCAGACGUUUGUGUGCCGAGAAACCUCUGCGUUUAGGAUUUUUUUUUUCUUUUUCUCUUUUUUUUUCUUUUUGAUGGAGCUGGAGAACAUAGUAGCCAACACUGUACUGCUAAAAGCCAGAGAGGGUGGAGGAGGGAAAAGGAAAGGAAGGAGCAAAAAAUGGAAGGAGAUCCUUCGUUUUCCCCAUAUAAGCCAGUGUACUGAACUGGGAAACAGCAUCGACAGGGAAUAUUUCAGCAUCUGUGAGAAACAGCCUAUCGGACGACUUCUCUUCCGUCUUUUCUGCGAGACCAGACCGAAACUCCAGCGAUGCAUCCAGCUGCUGGAUGCGAUGGAAGACUAUGAGGUAACACCUGAUGAAAAAAGAAAAAGCAGAGGGUGCCAGAUCAUCAAGGCCUUUCUAUCAGAAAAUUCACCUCAGCGUGUAGACAUAGCGGAGGUUUUUGCAGACCAGUGCAGAGAGAACCUCGAGCUGAGUCCAUGUAAGGAGAUCUUCAGCAACUGCCGCAAGGCUGUCCAUGACUACCUGAGUGGAGCUCCGUUUGCAGACUACCAGAACAGCAUGUACUUUGACCGCUUUCUACAGUGGAAGAUGCUGGAGAGGCAACCAAUCACUAAGGACACGUUCAGACAGUACCGAGUGCUGGGAAAGGGGGGAUUUGGAGAGGUAUGUGCCUGCCAGGUUCGAGCAACGGGGAAGAUGUACGCCUGCAAGAAGCUUGAGAAGAAGAGGAUAAAGAAGAGGAAAGGAGAGUCCAUGGCUCUCAACGAGAAGCAGAUUUUAGAGAAAGUCAACAGUAGAUUUGUCGUGAGCUUAGCGUACGCGUAUGAGACCAAAGACGCCCUGUGUCUGGUGCUGACCAUCAUGAACGGCGGCGACCUGAAGUUUCACAUCUACAACAUGGGCACGCCUGGCUUCGACAAAGACAGGGUCCAGUUUUACGCUGCUCAAAUCUGCUGCGGUCUCAAGCAUUUGCACAGGGAAUCGAUCGUCUACAGGGAUUUGAAACCUGAGAAUAUCCUAUUAGAUGACAACGGACACAUUCGCAUUUCUGACUUGGGGCUGGCUAUCAAAGUGCCUGAUGGAGAACUCAUUAGAGGCAGAGUGGGGACAGUAGGCUACAUGGCUCCGGAGGUGAUAAAUAACGAAAAGUACGCCAUGAGUCCUGAUUGGUGGGGACUGGGCUGCCUCAUUUACGAGAUGACCGCCGGGCGAUCGCCCUUCCGCGCCCGCAAAGAGCGAGUGAAACGGGAGGAAGUGGAGAGGAGGGUGCAGGACGAAGAGGAGGAGUACAACGACAAGUUUACAGAGGACACCAAGGCCAUCUGUAGAAUGCUGCUCACCAAAGACCCUAAGCAGAGGCUGGGGUGCAAGGCGGAUGGAGCAGCAGGCGUCAAGGCCCACUCGUUCUUCAAAAACAUCAACUUCAAGAGGAUGGAGGCUGGAAUGGUGGAGCCUCCCUUUGUGCCUGAUCCUCGGGCAGUGUACUGUAAGGAUGUUUUGGACAUAGAGCAGUUCUCCACAGUCAAGGGAGUCAAUUUGGACCAAACAGACAAUGACUUCUACUCCAAAUUCUCUACAGGCAGCGUUUCCAUCCCGUGGCAGAAUGAGAUGAUAGAAACCGAGUGUUUCAGAGAUUUGAAUGUGUUUGGGCCACAUGGAAUGAGAUCUCCAGAUUUGGACUGGAACCAGCCGCCAGAGCCACCUCGACGCAGCCUGCUGGACAGGAUCUUCAGGAGGCAUCACCCAGAGGUGUCCAUUUCCAACAGCCGUGUGCAGUCUUCCAGCGUAAACUCUGUGGACUCCAUGUCCAACUCUGCCCCCUAGUGGCAUCGUGUCUGUGUGGGCGCCCCACAUACACAAACACAGAACACAUACACACACACACAUAUGCCGUGCAAAGGGAAGGAGCUACCGAGGGCUUCCCUCCUGCUGACUGGUCCACUGCUGGGGCCUGAGCAACAGCCGGUCUAAAAAGCCUUGAUGGCCAGUCCAUUGAGUGGGAGGGAGGGGUGGGAUGGGGAGGGGAGGGGGAUGACCAUGCCCUAAUGUCCUGGGCAUUUGAAGUAGGAUGGUCAGUGUUGCAGAGACUUUUGGAAAUGUUUAGACAAACCUUACCUACCCUCAGGAUUGUUGGACUGUAGAACAGAGCCACUGAUAGUGAUGAAAUUAAACAAAAAAAAAAGGAUA